AGUUAGAAAAGUACAUCCGAUGUAUCAGCAGAAUAUGAAGGCGAAGAUCAUUCAGUUUAUAACUAAACACAGAGCAAAUCUAAUUCGUAGCUCUUUACUACAACUUCUAAUAGGAAUUACAAUGCAAUUUCAUGGAAUUGAACAUCUGAGACACUCGCAACGGCGCAGCCCAAAAGACACUAGUGCACAUAGUUUAGGUACAAAAUCUGAUUGGGAUUUCUUGCACGACAGACGGGGUUCAAAUUUAGAGAAGUUUGAAAAUAUUCGAACACCUUCUGUGUCAAAGACGGUGAUCCGGAGGGAAAAAGGAAGAACCAUUGCCUGGUUGAAAACAACUUCUGAUGUAAAAGCUCCUUCGCUUUGGUCUACGUUCUUCAGGCGUUUUCUUCUCAACAUACCUAGAACGCAUCUAAGCAGGUUUGAAGCUGGGACCAGGACGGUGGACAUGGUCUCCACAUUGCAGCGACAGUCGAGACGCUUACGCGUUAAGGAGCUCUUGUUGAAACCUGACAGCAUUACUUUCAACGAAAAGAAAGGAUUUCCUUGGCUUAAAGCUGGUAAUAAAGUAGAAAAGAAAAAGGAUAAAUUCAAGGAAGAUACAGCAACCACCAGAGGUAAACAUUUGCAAAUAACCAGCUUAGUACUAAAGAAAAAGUUGAAAAGUUCGAUGUGGUCUGAUCUGAAAAAUGCGUCCCGGAGUUUAUACAACUUUAAACAUCAGUACACAAGAGCGACUUCUCCUCUAAGAAAGUCAAAUAUCUAUAAUUUAUAUUUAGCAAAUCAACGUGAUCGUCGAUUGUUUUUCCUAUUAAAAAGGGCCAGACAAAUGUUGUUUGUCAGAAUCCAUGACCAAGAGGAACACGUCCGACAUUUGAGGGAAAUUCUUCAGGAAGAGAGGAAAAUGACUGACAGUCUGGGUGUAAACAUAAACAAGGUUACUCGCGGCCUGUCUCAAUGUCUGCAGUGGCUUAGAGCUGUCCUUGACGGGGUUUCUCUGAUGGGGGAGUACUUUAAAGGGAAGGAUGUUAUUUCUUAUCUUGAUAAAGGAAAGAUAUCUCGUGUGAACAAUACCACAAGCUAUACCCAGAAAGCUCUGCUACCUCUCCAAGUGAAAAUAACUGUGUCCACAAACACUAGUUUUCCUAUCCUCGAAUAUCUAUUUCAAGUUUUUAACCACUUCUACAACGCCUUUAUGUACGUCAUUCGAGGAGCUCCAAAGGCUAUUUUUGAAGCUUUGCAGAAGUACCAAAAAUGGAACGGGUCACGAGAAAGGGAUGCAGGCUAUUCUGUAGAAACAGGUCGGUCUCAUUAUGAAGAUCUACGUAAUGAGACGAAGGACGCUGUCCAGAAAACGAUACAUUUAGCAAUACACAAUGCAGAGGAGUCACGUGGAUCUCUUGGAACUGGAAGUAAGUCUUUAUGGAGCAGAUCGGACAUAAAACCUUUAUCUAUGGAUGUACUUGAAAGCCUUGGUAGAACAUCUGUGAAAGCUAAAAGAGAAACGUCCGUCAAGCCAGCACCACAAGAGAACAUGGUAGUUGAGCAAAGUGACAUUUAUUCUAUAAAUAAAAGAGGUGGGAGGCACUUGCUGUCGUACCCACAGCCGAGGCCGAACAACAAACAACACGCCAACACGAGACAGACCAAGCACGGGGGAGCUAGAAAGGACGAUGAAAUGACGAACGAUUUUGAUAAAGUCCCUCACCACAUACCACCCGGAUAUUCGGAUAGUCACCCAGGACGUCUUGCUGCACCUUAUGAAGACAGCAGCAGGUAUGAGUUGAGGCGUCGAAUAAAAAACCGACAUCGUCAGAACUUUUUUUUUGAGAAAAGCUCGAAUAUGAACCCGUUAUCCAGGGAUAUUAGAUUCGAUCGCUCGCCGCUGCGUCAGUCAGAGCACAGGUCUAGAGCUACAGAAAGACAAAAGACUCACAGAGACAAACAUAAUUUACCGACCGUUACUUCAGAGCCACAAACGAAUGAUAAGGCCUAUACAACAGAUCAGAGGUAUGGAACUGCCAGUAGAAAAUGGUCCCAUAGUGAUAUUACUGCGGAUAAACUGAGAGGUAAACUCUUAGCCCUUUUAAAGAUUUUACAUAAGAAAAGAUUACUGUCCAAGUCAGACAGAACUGUACUUUCUCGUCCCUUGGAAAAGGCUCACGACUCGAAAGAAUCAAGCACCAACAAAGAUCUCGGCAACGAAGAAAAGCUAGCUGAUUCUACUUUAUCAAACAUUCUUGCUCGGAAAACCGAAAAUCAAAUGGAUUUGGGAUUAGGGUCAGGGGGAUCGAAAGCAAUAAGAUUAACACAAGAGGAACGGGACCUUGGAUUUCCAUUCCAUAGUUUCCGUCUCCAGCAAAAUAAAUUUCUGCACGCCGAACCAACCGAGGCGGACAGACAAGUGUUGCGCAACAUAGAGCUUCUCACGCGCCGGGUGCUGGCAGCGGAUGAGGACAUCCCCACCACUAUCGAUGACGGCGGGGAAAUCUACCAGACACACGAUGAAGAGACUGUCAGCACCGUCACGGAUACAAAAGGGGAAAGUGAUGGAGCAGAAGACGGUGGCGGUGAAAAUGGUGCUUUUUCCGACGAGUCAGAUAAAGAUAAAAAUAUUAUGAAGUCGAAAAGAAGAAAACGACGUGAGGUUUUCGCCGGGGGACAGUCCUAUUCUAACAGAGGCAAGAAAAAUUCCACACUAAAGUCAAAACUGCGAGGUAAAACGCAAGUGGUAGAACCUAAAGCUGACCCCGGUAACAACCUUAAGAAUUCAGUGUUUAAAAAAAUUCAUGAGGGCGUACCAGGGCUCCCCUCACGCCUGUCAAAAUAUUAUGCAAACGAACGCGUCACUGGACGAUCGGUGUCAGUCAAAAGUGUCUCUAGGCGUGAACGAGCGGCCGUUCAAGUCGACGUGGUGGACAGGUAUGGGAACAAACUACGAGCGACCCAUGAGGAACAAAUGAUGAAUAACUUUUCGCAGAGGUGGGCCAAACUUCGACCUGGGCUAAAAAAAAUGCAGCGCAACAUUUCCAAAGGUCGAGAGAAGUUCGAAGAAUCAGAGAGACAACUUGUCAGACUAUUGAAAAAGGGAGACAAACUAGCAAACAUGGUGUUGGUUUCGAAUAAAAGAAGCAGAGUGGACGAGGCAAUGAGGAAAGCGGCUUUCAAAAACGCAGAGACUGAGUUCCGAAGGUACAAAGCUGAUCUCAAACUGCAACAGAGGAAGACAGAGGCGAAGGAAUACGCGGCAAUGACGGAUGACAUCUCCAAGAAGAUCAGUCUUGUGAAGAACGUGCUGGCCAAACAGAGGGCGUAUCAGGAUGCCAAAGAGGAGACGGAGUUCGAGCUGGGACCAUACGCGCCAUUCAGCUUCGAAAACCGGAACGCCGUUUACAAGGUCAAAGGUCGAGACGGCCUCCAUGAUGAUGACAGAUACGUACUAGUAGACGAGGAAGGCGAGGUGGAACAGUUGGGGAGCGAGGAUCAGGCCGUGAACAGGUUGGCAAUUCUGUACUUUGAGGGGGACAGAAAAGUCCACAAGGCACUGGCAGCGACCACCAAGGGUGUCGUCACAUUGGACGACUACAAGGAAGAGACUAAAAGUGACCCAGACUUGCUCAAGGUCGACCACAUGCUGACUAACCUGCUCCAGAGGAACAGGCGUUCGGCCGUUGUGGGGGAGAGGAACGCCGACGACGACCCCCUGCGGCGACUGGAGAAAAGCGAUAGGGACACGACUUAUAUUGGUGAUGAGGAGAAAGUAGAUGACGACAGCGAUGAUGGCGUUCACGACGUCUCUGGGAUCGUGCAAAACCCAAACCUUGAUCCGAUUUUGAGUUAUGCGUUUGAAAAAGAUAUACCGACUGGAGACUCUGACCCUGAUGCCGAUCCGGCUGAUAUCUUAUUCAACAAUCUUGGGAAAGAGAAAGAUACUAGAAGUCACAGAGAAAAAGUAGAUAACAAUUACCAAAAGAAUGUUUUGCCAGCAGAGUUUAUUCCUGAGAGAGGUCUGACCAGUCGGGUUCAGCCAAACCAGAUCCAUAUAUUGGAUUCAAGACUGAGCACGCUGGGAAAUAGCAAGACAGGAAACGAUGGAUAUUUAGAACACUCCCCCAUGUCGUUCUCUUCGACAACAAGCGUUGAUGACAAUCUCGAUAUUUUGGAGAAAUCAAAAAGCAUGGAAGCUGUGCCGGCAGAUUUGGUUCUUUCUGUCCAAUUUCCUAAUUCAGUUAUGUCAGGAAAGUACGAUCGUGGUGGGCUUGGUAAGCAAAAUGCCUAUGGCAAAGAAAAUGAAUUGAACAGCGUAAAAUUGGCGGUUGGCAACAAUGGUCUCGGGGGCAAGAGGGAGACCCACUCCCAACGGUAUACACCAGCAGUCUCACCGCAAAACCCUCUUGGAAGAGCUCAAGAGAUGUUCAGCACAUCCCGACAUCCCCUUGAGAUGGGUGAUGUAACAGAUCUAGGGGACAUAAACGACGACGAAGUGGACGCUCAGGCCGAAUCUGUGUUGAUACGCCAUGGCGUGUUUCCGGGUGAUGGUGGAUUGCUGGACAUCGACAAGGAAAUGCAGAAAAUAGAUGUGGACACGGCUAAAGGCCAUUAUGAGUCAGCACUUUUUGAUCGUAAUAGAAACAUGGGGGCGUUUGAUGACAUCGUUGAGGCCAGCAUAGGAAACGUCACUCUGGCUGACUAUAAGGAUAUCAAUUGGGAUGCGAUGGAGAGACAAAAGGGAGAGGAGCUCCUCUCGCAGAAAGAACGAAAUGAUAUAGACAUGGACAAGAAGAAACUGGACACAACCUUUGCCAAACUGGAAAAAGCAGAAAACGAACUGAAACAGAAGCUCGAUGACGAAGAGAAAAACGCCGUCAAGGAAAUUCAUGACGAAAUAAAAGCAAGGCGGAAGGAGCAGAAACAUAUUGAUAAGGAACUAGAAAGAGAUGAAAAACAAAAGCAAAUGGAGGAAACAGACACGAAACAUGCGGUAAAUGAAUUGGAGAAGGAGAUGGAACAAAGGACGAAGAAAAAGAUAGAAAAGCUGAAGACGAAGGAAAAAGAGUUGGAUCGAGCUCUCAAAGAAAAGAAAAAAAAGUCAGGAGAAGAAGAAAAGCUGGCGAAAGAGGAUAAAAAGGUCAAGAAUAAGGAAGAUAAGGAAAGUGAUCGCUUUGUCCGUAUUAGAGUAGACAACAACCAAACAAUGCGAGAUUUUCUUAAGGAGAAUAAGGGCGGAAGAAAUUCUAGAUACGAGGGCCGGGUGGCCGAUGAGAAAACGAAGGAAGAUUUAAAUGGAGAGGGUGUGAAUGAAGAUAUUGAAAGUGGAGAUCUAGAGGAUGCUGAAAAAGAAAACCAGGAGCCUACUGUUGCAACAGUUGAGGGUGGAGAUGAGGAGAGUGGGCCACUGAGCUGGUUUGGUUUCGGAUAAAAACGGAGCCAUAACAAUCUGUUACUGGUUUGGUUUCGGAUAAAAACGGAGCCAUAACAAUCUGUUACUGGUCAAGGUUGUCACUGCGCAACUGUAGCAGACGAUCGUAUUUGACGUAUUUUCGUGAGCAAGUGCACAUACUAUUGCUAGUAAAACUAAACUAAUUGAAGGCAACCUUUCAUGCUCACACAUAAUACUAUAUUAUUAUAAACAGAUACAAACACACCUAAAUGUAUACACACGGGCGCACAUACAGGCACAAACAGUCAUGCACGCACGCAAACUUUGUCAUCUGUUUCUGCCUCUACCUCUGUCUGUCUGUCUGUCAGUCUCUAUGUCUGUCUGUUUGUCUAUG